AUGCACUCGUCGGCCGACAAGGAAGCGGCCAAGGCCACUACUUCCGUCCAGUCACUCUCCGCAAGUCAACUUUCUGACGAUGAGCGUCCCUCAGACGAGAUGGACCAGGAGAAGGAGCAACUCACCCAAGAGAAAGGCCCCUUUUCAAGGCUUCUUGCGCGACCUUUCAACAAGAGACGCAUCAUUCUCCUCAGCUUGAUUGGCCUGAUUUUGUUGGGUCUGAUCGUCCUUGUCAUUGUGCUUCCACUGGUCUUGAUGAAGCGGCACUCCAUCAACCACCAGAAUUCUGAUCCCGGAAACACUUAUCACCUCUUCCCAACGACCGGAGAGGCCAACAGCUACCAUGUCCUGGACAACAAACCCAUCCUCGCGGUCCACAAUUUUCCCGAUCCAGGACUUCUCCAUCAUAAUGCCACCUGGUAUGCCUACGGUACGAAUCCGAAGAAGCAUGACCCCCAGACCAUUCAUGUUCCGGUCGCAACCUCGACGAAUUUCGUCAAUUGGACGCUCCAUGAUGGAUAUGAUGCGAUGCCAACGCUAGGCCACUGGGAGCUCGCUGUCAACCAUUGGGCUCCGGAUGUCAUUGAGCGAGAUGAUGGGAAAUUCGUCAUGUAUUAUUCAGGUCAGCUCAAAGACGGCCAUGGACACCACUGCAUUGGAGCAGCUGUGUCCACCGGUACGGAUCCUAUGGGACCCUUUGUCCCACUCAAUGCAUCUUUGGCAUGCCCGCAAAAAUACGGAGGAGCCAUUGACCCCUCGCCGUUUCGCGAUGUCGAUGGCAAGCUUUACGUCGUCUACAAGGGUGAUGGCAACAGUGUCGGUAGUGGAGGAUAUUGCGGCAACAGUAUCGUCCCUCGACGCCCGGUUCCGCUCAUCCUCCAGGAGCUCGAGGGGGACGGCAUCACCAAAGUUGGUGAACCAGACAUCAUUUUGGAUAUCAACGACACAGAUGGCCCGCUCAUUGAAGCACCCAACAUCAUUCGACGAAACGAUGGAACCUAUUUCCUCUUCUUCUCCUCACAUUGCUUUACCUCGCUCGGGUACAACGUCAAGUAUGCUCAUGCACGGUCAGUCAAGGGUCCGUACACUCGAGCGGCUCGUCCACUGCUGCAGACGGAAGAUUUUGGUCUCGAUGCGCCAGGAGGUGCCACCUUGUCGCCCGAUGGCACGAAGAUUGUGUUCCAUGCCAACUGUGGCGGUCAACGGUGCAUGUAUGCGGGCGGAGUCCACAUUCAACCCACUGAGAACACCAUCACCAUGGCCGCCUUGUAG